AUGGAUGAGCUGUCGAUCAACACCGCGAAAAACAUGGAAAGCGUGGAAAGCGACACGGAGGCUCAACGCCUGAGAAGAGCGGCGGUGAUGGUCGACGGACACCAGGCAAAACGUUCCAAGCGUACCGAGGAUGGCGAGGAAGUGGUGCAGAACGGAGAAUAUUAUAGAACUGGAAAGGUGAAAAAGAUUCACCUUCUUAACUUCAUGUGUCAUGAUGCCUUAGAAUUAACAUUAAAUGAGAAUGUUAACUCUAUUGUGGGACUCAGUGACAGUGGCAAAAGCGCUAUAUUGACUGCAUUGACUGUAGGGCUCGAUACGAGAGCAAAUGUUACGAGAGGGGGAACUUCUGUCGAAAAGUUUAUAAAGAAGGACAGGAACUCUGCUACCGUUGAGAUAAUAUUAGUUAAUAAAGGAGACACUGCAUAUAAACCUGACAUUUAUGGCGACACAAUUACAGUUAUACGUAACAUUGGAAAUACCUCGUCGUAUAAUAUUAAAAAUUGGAAAGGAGAAGUUGUUUCUACAAAACAAGAUGAAUUGGACAGUAUCAUAACGACGAUGAAUAUACAAAUUGAUAAUCCAAUAUCUGUUUUGAAUCAGGAAGUUUCAAGAAAAUGUUUUGUUACCUCUAAGCCUGAUGAAAAGUACAAUUUAUUCAUGAAAGCCACUCUCUUGGAUGGUAUUGAAAAUAAUUAUAAGGAGGCUCUCUAUAUAUGCGAAGAGGAAUACAAUAAAUUAAGGACAUAUUCUGCGGCCUUGUCGCAAGUAAAGGGAGAGAUACAGAAAUUGAAGGAAAGUAUACAUAGAUUAGAGGAAAUGGAUGAAUCACGAGCAGAAUUAAGUAAUCUCGAAACGGAAUUUCAGUGGGCUAUGGCGAUUACGGAGGAAAACAAACUUCACAAAAUACAAGAGAACUUAAAAACGUAUGAAAAUAAUUUGCAAGAGCUUCAGAAUGUGGAAUCAUCUAUUGGAACAAAGGACGAAGAAAUUGAUACAAAAAUUCAAGAGAUAAAGCAAAAAAUUCUGCAAACAGAACAGGAAGUAACAGAUAGCAGUGAAGCUUAUAACAGCGCGAAACAAAAACUUAAGACUGCGAAUGACGCGCUCUCUAAUAAGCAACGUGAGUGGCGUACUAUAUCAAACAAAAUAAAACGAUUUGAAGAAGAUGUUCAGUUGCUGAAAAAGGAAAUUAUAAAAUUAGAAAGCUGCAAUGAUGAAGAACACAACAAAAGAAAAGAGAUGAAAGAGCAGUUGUCAAAGUUGGAAGAACAACUGGAUGAACUCGAUGCCUCGUUACGUACUAAGCAAACGGAAUUAAUGCAUUUGGAGGCUGAUAAGAUGCGACUUCUGCAGGAAGUACAAUCUGCCAAAAACGAAGCUGAGAAUUUUAACAGACAAAUAAAUAAGAUCAAAAAAGAUUUGAGCGCAGUCGAGCAACAAUCGGAUAAUGCAUUGAGUGUAUUUGGGCGAAACAUACCACGCCUAUUGAAGAGAAUCGAAGAGGAAUUUAAGAAAAAUCGAUUCAAGGAAAAACCACGCGGCCCUAUUGGUGCUUUCAUAAAACUGAAGGAUGCAGCUUGGGCACCGGCAGUAGAAAAUUUCUUCGGUUAUCGCUUCCUUAGCUCAUUCUGCGUGGAUAAUAGUCAGGAUGCCAAGUUGUUGACCAGUAUUAUGAAGGAAAUUUUCUACAACGAGAACCCUCUCCAAAUAAUAUCUAGCAAAUUUUUUUACCAG